GGGGCUGGGGGCUUGAACCGGGUCCUGUAACAUGUGCACUCAAGCAAGUGCACCACCAUCCAGACCGCCAUCACCCUGGUAUGAGCAAGGCAGCCAGUAUGCGUGUUCACAGCUUCUGGCUGUGCUGGAGCCUUCUGCUAAUCUCAGUCAGUGCGGAGCAUGUGGACGAUGGCACUGAGGUGGAAGGCUUUGAAGAAAGCUCGGAACGGAUCCCUGUUAAGGAAGGUGAACUCUACCCAGAGAUUAAAUAUAAAACACCAGAGCCAACAGGAGAAGUCUAUUUUACAGAAACUUUUGAUAGUGGAAAGUUGGUUGGGUGGGUGCUAUCAAAAGCACAGAAAGAUGAAGCAGAUGCAGAGAUCUCUAUAUAUGAUGGAAGAUGGGAAAUAGAAGAACUAAAAGAAAACGCAGUGCCCGGCGACAGGGGGCUGGUCCUGAAAUCGAGAGCCAAGCACCACGCGGUGGCUGCUGUGUUAGCAAAGCCCUUUAUCUUCGCUGAGAAACCCCUGGUAGUUCAAUAUGAAGUAAAUUUUCAAGAUGGUAUUGAUUGUGGAGGUGCAUACAUUAAACUUCUAGCAGACACUGAUGAUUUGAAUCUGGAAAACUUUUACGAUAAGACGUCCUAUACCAUUAUGUUUGGGCCGGAUAAAUGUGGCGAAGAUUACAAGCUGCAUUUUAUCUUCAGACACAAACACCCCAAAACGGGAGUUUUUGAAGAAAAGCACGCCAAGCCUCCGGACGUCGACCUCAAGAAGUUCUUCACCGACCGGAAGACCCACCUCUACACCCUGGUGCUGAGUCCAGAUGACACCUUUCAAGUGCUCAUCGACCAAAUUGUGGUGAAUAAAGGAAGUCUGCUAGAGGAUGUGAUACCCCCUAUCAACCCUCCCAAAGAGAUCGAAGACCCCAGUGACCAGAAACCCAGCGACUGGGAUGACAGAGCCAAAAUCCCAGACAUCUCAGCCGUCAAACCAGAGGACUGGGAUGAAAGCCAACCUGCCCAGAUAGCAGAUACAAGUGUGGGGAAGCCCGAGGGCUGGCUGGACGACGAGCCAAGGUUCAUCCCAGACCCUGAGGCGGAGAAGCCCGAUGACUGGAACGAAGACAUGGACGGUGAGUGGGAGGCUCCUCGGAUCUCUAACCCAGCCUGCCACGUCGGGUGUGGCCCCUGGAGCCCCCCCAUGGUCGAUAACCCCAAGUACAAAGGCAUCUGGAGACCCCCGAUGAUAGACAACCCCGGCUACCAGGGAGUCUGGAGCCCUCGUAAAAUCCCCAAUCCAGACUAUUUUGAGGACAAUCACCCGUUCCUUCUCACUCCCUUCCGUGCCAUUGGCUUAGAGCUUUGGUCCAUGACCUCUGACAUCUACUUCGAUAACUUCAUUAUCUGCUCUGAAAAAGAAGUCGCAGAUCGUUGGGCUGCCGACGGCUGGGGGGUGAAGAUAAUGGUCGCAAAUGCUAACGAGCCUGGCAUAUUCAAGCAGCUGGUGGUCGCAGCUGAGGAGCGUCCCUGGCUCUGGCUCAUCUACCUAGUGACCACAGGGCUUCCCAUAGUGCUGGCCACUUCCUUUUUUUGGCCAAGAAAAGCAAAGCUUAUGUUAAACUGCCAGAAGAAAUAUGAAGAAGCAGAGUUUAAGAAAACGGACAUAAGCAAGCCACAAACAAAGGGAGCCCUGGAGCAAGAAGUGACAGUAGAGACAGAGACGGCAGCCCUGGAGAAGCCCCCUGACGUGGUGGAGGAAGAGCAGAAGCAGAGGGACGGUGUCACUCUCGAGAAAGAAGAGGAAGGAGAGCCUGAGGAAAAGAGUGAAGAAGAAAUUGAAAUCAUAGAAGGACAAGAGGAAAGCAAUAAGUCAAAUAAGUCUGGAUCAGAGGAUGAGAUGAAAGAAGCAGACGAGAGUACAGGGUCUGGGGACGGGCCCGUGAAGCCACUGCGCAAAAGGAAGGUACGAAAGGAGUGAGCCCAGCUCCCCAGAGAGGCCGGCGCUCGAGAGCCCCGUGCCAGAACUGGACCUGCCCCAGGCCGCACACCCCGGUCCUGGUAUUGAACACUUACUCCUUCGGACAGCUGCUUUAGGAAAAGAGAGAGAGAGAAAAAAAAAAAAAACCUUUGGCACUACCUGGCCUUUGAAUGCAAAGUAAAUGAAAGGUGACACAUUUCAUAUCGUAUCUACAAGACUGAUACCAUUAGAAGUUAUAGUUUUAAUAGUUUGGAGAAAGUUUUGGUUUGUACAGAGAGAAAGAGUAACCAGCCGACACCCCACAAUGGGAGAACAAGCAGUCACUGGGUUUCCCCAGAGGCGGCUGAGCUCCAUGUACCUGACCAUUCUACAUGGAAGCAGGACAGUGUGUUUUGCUGUACAGAGCUAAAUGCAAUAAAGUUUCUCUAUGGUUGGACUCUGA